GACUGAGUGAGCACCGAGCAGCUGUGUGUGUAAACACAGACAUGGCCGGCCCCGCGAGAUCCAUGUCCUCCUUAGCAUUAAAAACACCAUGGAAAAUCAAGCUUCCCUCAAAAUUUAAAGGCGGUUCCAUAGAGAAGUGGGGUAACUACUGGGCAUCAGUUGCUCAAGACUAUAAAGAAAUGGUUCAAGAUGUAAUUGUAGACUCACGAAGACAACCACUUAAAGCAGCCACAUAUUUAUCAAUAAUAGCUGGAUAUAUAUGUGCUGUAAAAACAAAUCCAAACAAGAUGGAUUUUCAAGAUACUCUUCAAAAAUACAUGAAUGAAUCAGCCAUGUUAAGUGACAAGAUUAGGAACAAAGAAGUAGAUGCUCAUUUCAACUAUAUGGUAGACUGCUACAAUCAUGGAUUGGUGAGAAGAUUAAGCCUAGGAUUUUGCUCCCUCCUCUGGGUGGACAACUAUUCUAAGGUUUGUGGGGUGUUCAAGAGUCAGUGUGAAUAUCUCACCCCACAAUAUUUGACUUUUCAUGAGCGAAUAAUGGAUGUGGGCUUCUUUGGUACCUGGUGGGGUAUUGAUGCAAAAAUGAAGGAAUUUGAUAUUAAUCCUGAAGAGUGGGUAGAAUGUGAUACAAAAGGUUAAACAUUUGUUUAUCUUUAUUAUGUAGUUUUACAGUACAGUACUGAGAUUGAUAAUGUUAGGCGACUUGCUUGGUAAAUGUUAAAAUUAAUGUAGUUUUGAAUAUUUAAUGCCAUUACCUUAUACGUGGCAAUAAGUUGCUGGGUUUUAUAGAUUAUACCCAGCAACUGGCCCUCACUGUUCUGGCCUCUACUAAGAUUGAUA